CCUCGUAGCCAGCGCAGCCUUCCCGGGAAGCGCGGCGGCAGCUCGCGAGCGCAGUUCUGCUCAUCCGCGCGUCCUGGUGCCCGCGCCCCACGGCCACAGCCUUGCUGCGCUAUAGCUCACGGAGCAUGUGCAGACCCGCAGGCCCUAAGGUGCUAUUUGUCCGGGGGCUUCUGGGCAGUGGUGACUGUCACGCCUAGAGAGACCUUUCGGGGGCUCUCGCCGCGCCUCUGCGUCGCAGGUGACACUGCGGUGCUAGAGAUUAGGACGGCCACUGCCUCUUGGUGGAGACGUCUUGGGUUCUGUGCGCCCUCCCUCUCCUUUCCUCCGCCGCUUGCUUCUUCCCUCCUGCCGCACCUCGCUCCUUCCCGUGCCGCCUUACACCCGAAGCCUCCGGGGACUGGAGGCGUGCAUCCCCUCCGCUUCACUUCCAACGGGCCUCCUCAUUUCGGAGAUGCAAUGACAACUUAAUAUGGGCUUCCAAGCCUCUGGAUCCCAGGAGGAAAAUUGCAAGCGGCAACAGCCCCUGAGCGUCCUGAGCCCUUGAACAGGCCUCUCAGGUGGGGUGUGAGACCCGGCUGCAGCAUCCAUUCAGGUGGGACCAGCUGAGCACCGCGACAAGUCCUCCGCGGCAUCCCGGCACUCCGAAGGCGCGAUCGUCGGAUUGCUCCAAGCUCCCCGACCCGGGGAUAUUUAUUUUUUCCCCUCCACUGGUGGUGGGCGCAUCGCGGGCCGAGGCCCGGCGCCUGCUCUGCUACCCGCGCUGCCUUUAGCGGUCGCCUCCGCCGCCUCUGCCAGGGACGUGCUGGGAAAGCCGAAGCCCCGGGAGAAGAUGCCGGCCAUCCUGGUCGCCUCCAAAAUGAAGUCCGGACUGCCCAAACCCGUGCACAGCGCAGUGCCCAUCCUGCACGUGCCCCCGGCCCGGAGCGGCCCCCAGCCCUGCUACCUCAAGUUGGGAAGCAAGGUGGAGGUGAGCAAGACCGCCUUCCCUAGCCAGAUCCCCCUGAAAUCGCAGGGGCUGCAGGAGCCCGCGGCCGAGGGGCUCCCGCUGAGGAAGAGCAGCUCUGUGGAAAACGGGUUCGAUACCCAGAUCUACACGGACUGGGCCAAUCAUUAUCUAGCCAAAUCAGGCCAUAAACGUCUCAUCAAGGAUCUCCAGCAAGAUGUGACAGACGGCGUCCUCCUGGCCCAGAUUAUCCAGGUUGUGGCAAAUGAAAAGAUUGAAGACAUCAAUGGCUGUCCGAAGAACAGAUCGCAAAUGAUUGAAAACAUAGAUGCCUGCUUGAAUUUCCUGGCAGCUAAGGGAAUAAACAUCCAGGGGCUGUCUGCAGAAGAAAUCAGGAACGGAAACCUCAAGGCUAUUCUAGGCCUCUUCUUCAGCCUCUCCCGGUACAAGCAGCAGCAACAGCAGCCCCAGAAGCAGCCCCUCUCCUCGCCGCUGCCGCCUGCUGUGUCCCAGGCGGCUGGGGCCCCCUUCCAGUGCCAGGCUGGCACUCCUCAGCAACAGGUGCCAGCCACUCCCCAAGCCCCGUGCCAGCCUCACCAGCCAGCGCCACAUCAGCAGUCAAAAGCACAAGCUGAAAUGCAGUCCAGUGCGUCAUCCAAGGACUCAUCUCAAAGCAAAAUCAUCCGCUUCACUCUGGGUCAGAAAAAGAUCUCUAGACUUCCAGGUCCCACUGCAAGGGUCUCCGCUGCGGGCAGCGACACCAAAACACGCGGAGGGGCGGCCGUUGCCAACAACCGACGCAGCCAGAGCUUUAACAACUAUGACAAGUCCAAACCGGUCACCUCCCCGCCCCCACCGCCACCACCAAGCAGCCACGAGAAAGAGCCAUUGGCAAGCCCAGCCUCCUCCCACCCCGGAAUGAGCGAGAAUACACCUGUUUCUUUGGAGAGUGGCAGCAGCUCCACCCCUGCUAAUUGCGGUGUCUCCUCAGCCAUCCCCCAGCCUGGUGCAGCCGCCAAGCCCUGGCGGAGCAAGUCCGUCAGCGUGAAGCACAGCGCCACAUCGUCCAUGCUCUCGGUCAAGCAGCCCGUGCCUGAGGCCCCCAGGCCCAGUUCCGAUGCCUCGAAGUCGGCACCCAACAAUCAGAAGUCCAUGCUGGAGAAACUAAAACUUUUCAACAGCAAAGGGGGUUCCAAGGCGGGCGAGGGCCCAGGGUCGCGGGACACGAGCUGUGAGCGGCUAGAGGUUCUGUCCAGCGUUGAAGAGAGUGAGGAGGUGGAGGCCACGGGCCGCUCGCUCUCCACGGCGGGCCCCACGUCCAACAGCCCCAAGAUCGCACUCAGGGGCAUCGCCCAGAGAACUUUCAGCCGGGCGCUGACCACCAAGAAGAGUUCCCCGAAAGGCAAUGAAAAGGAAAAGGAGAAGCAACAGCGGGAGAAGGAAAAAGAGAAAAGCAAGGACCUCGCCAAGAGAACCUCUGUGACAGAGAGGCCAGACCUCAAAGAGGGGCCAAAAGAAGACCCCAGUGGGGCAGUGGUGACCGAGAUGCCAAAAAAGUCCUCCAAGAUUGCCAGCUUCAUCCCAAAAGGGGGCAAGCUCAGCAGUGCCAAGAAGGAGGCCCCAGCCCCUUCCCUCAGUGGAAUACCAAAACCAGGAAUGAAGAGCAUGCCAGGGAAACCCCCAAGUGCCCCCGCCCCUUCCAAGGACGGGGAGCGGAGCCGGGGUGGGAAGCCAAGCUCGGGGCACCCCCAGCAGAAGGCCCAGCUCGAUGGCAGACACUCCAGUUCCUCCUCCAGCCUGGCGUCCUCGGAAGGAAAGGGCCCAGGAGGGACCACCCUGAACCACAGCAUCAGCAGCCAGACUGUCAGUGGGUCCGUCGGGACCACCCAGACCACAGGAAGCAAUACCGUCAGCGUUCAGCUACCUCAGCCCCAGCAGCAAUACAACCACCCCAACACUGCCACGGUUGCACCUUUCCUGUACAGGUCCCAGACAGACACCGAAGGGAAUGUUACUGCCGAGUCCAGCUCAGCGGGUGUGAGCAUGGAGUCCAGCCAUUACUCCAAGAGUGGACAGCCUGCUCUGGAAGAACUCACCGGGGAAGAUCCUGAGGCUCGGCGGCUGCGGACCGUGAAGAACAUUGCUGACCUGCGGCAGAAUUUGGAGGAGACCAUGUCCAGUUUACGGGGAACUCAGGUUACACACAGCACAUUGGAAACCACAUUCGACACCAAUGUCACCACAGAGAUAAGCGGACGCAGUAUCCUCAGCCUGACAGGCAGGCCCACUCCUCUCUCCUGGAGACUCGGCCAGUCCAGCCCUCGGCUCCAAGCAGGAGACGCCCCCUCUAUGGGCAACGGGUACCCACCUCGAGCCAACGCCAGCCGGUUCAUCAACACCGAGUCGGGCCGCUACGUGUACUCUGCCCCGCUCAGGAGGCAGCUGGCAUCCAGAGGCAGCAGUGUCUGCCACGUGGACGUCUCAGACAAGGCUGGCGAUGAGAUGGACCUGGAAGGCAUUGGCAUGGACGCCCCCGGCUACAUGAGUGAUGGGGAUGUCCUGAGCAAGAACAUUCGGGCGGAUGACAUCACAAGCGGAUACAUGACCGAUGGCGGACUUGGCCUCUAUACCCGGCGCUUGAACCGGCUCCCUGAUGGGAUGGCUGUGGUGCGGGAGACCCUGCAAAGAAAUACCUCUCUGGGCCUUGGAGACGCCGACAGCUGGGAUGACAGCAGCUCCGUCAGCAGUGGGAUCAGCGACACCAUAGACAACCUCAGCACUGAUGACAUCAACACCAGCUCCUCCAUCAGCUCCUAUGCCAACACACCUGCCUCUUCUCGCAAAAACCUGGAUGUACAGACCGACGCAGAGAAGCACUCGCAGGUGGAGAGGAAUUCCCUGUGGUCUGGUGAAGAUGUCAAGAAAUCCGACGGCGGAUCAGACAGCGGCAUAAAGAUGGAGCCGGGGUCGAAGUGGCGGCGGAACCCCUCGGACGUGUCUGACGAGUCUGACAAAAGCACAUCAGGCAAGAAGAACUCUGUCAUCUCCCAGACAGGCUCGUGGCGGCGAGGCAUGACAGCUCAGGUGGGCAUCACCAUGCCGAGGACAAAGCCGGCCGCCCCAGCCGGCUCGCUCAAGACCCCAGGAACCGGAAAAACUGAUGAUGCAAAGGUUUCUGAGAAAGGAAGGCUGUCUCCCAAAGCCUCCCAGGUGAAGCGCUCGCCAUCAGACGCAGGUCGCAGCAGUGGUGACGAAUCCAAAAAGCCCCUCCCCAGCAGCUCCAGGACGCCCACUGUCAAUGCCAACAGCUUUGGGUUCAAGAAGCAGAGUGGCUCAGCCGCUGGUUUGGCCAUGAUCACAGCCAGCGGGGCCACUGUCACCAGCAGGUCAGCCACACUGGGCAAAAUCCCCAAAUCAUCUGCACUUGUCGGUCGGUCUACUGGUCGGAAAACGAGCAUGGAUGGAGCUCAGAAUCAGGAUGACGGGUAUCUGUCUCUCAGCUCCCGGACAAAUUUGCAGUACCGGAGUUUGCCACGGCCCAGUAAGUCCACCAGUCGGAACGGGGCUGGGAACAGGUCUAGUACUAGCAGCAUAGAUUCCAACAUCAGCAGCAAGUCAGCAGGCCUGCCGGUGCCCAAGCUGAGGGAGCCUUCCAAAACGGCCCUAGGCAGCUCUCUGCCAGGUCUGGUCAACCAGACGGAUAAGGAGAAAGGCAUCUCAUCAGACAACGAGAGUGUGGCUUCCUGUAACUCAGUGAAAGUGAACCCGGCAGCCCAGCCUGUGUCCAGUGCGGCUCAGGCCACUCUCCAGCCAGGGGCCAAGUACCCUGAUGUGGCCUCUCCCACGCUCCGCAGACUCUUUGGUGGGAAGCCUACCAAGCAAGUACCCAUCGCCACAGCCGAAAACAUGAAAAAUUCGGUGGUCAUCUCCAAUCCUCAUGCCACCUUGACCCAGCAAGGUAACCUAGAGUCCCCCUCAGGCAGCGGCGUCCUGAGCAGUGGGAGCAGCAGCCCUCUCUACAGUAAGAAUGUGGACAUCAACCAGUCUCCACCAGCCUCCAGCCCCAGCUCAGCCCACUCGGGCCCCUCCAACAGCCUCACCUGGGGCACCAAUGCCAGCAGCUCCUCAGCAGUUAGCAAGGAUGGCCUGGCUUUCCAGUCUGUCAGCAGCCUCCACACCAGCUGUGAGUCCAUUGACAUCUCCCUCAGCAGUGGAGGGGGGCUGAGUCACAAUUCCUCCACGGGCCUCGUCGCCUCCUCUAAGGACGACUCCCUGACUCCCUUUGUCAGAACCAACAGUGUGAAGACCACACUGUCAGAAAGCCCUCUCUCUUCCCCUGCCGCUAGCCCUAAGUUCUGCAGAAGUACUUUGCCCAGGAAACAGGACAGUGACCAGCACCUUGAUAGGAACACUUUGCCUAAGAAAGGACUCAGGUAUACUCCCACUUCCCAGCUUCGCACCCAGGAAGACGCAAAAGAAUGGUUACGGUCCCACUCUGCGGGAGGCCUGCAGGACACCGCUGCCAAUUCCCCCUUUUCCUCUGGCUCCAGUGUGACUUCUCCCUCUGGAACAAGAUUCAACUUUUCCCAGCUUGCGAGUCCCACCACUGUCACCCAGAUGAGCUUGUCCAACCCGACCAUGCUGAGGACCCACAGCCUCUCCAAUGCUGAUGGGCAGUAUGACCCAUACACUGACAGCCGCUUCCGGAAUAGCUCCAUGUCCCUGGAUGAGAAGAGCAGAACCAUGAGCCGAUCAGGCUCAUUCCGGGAUGGGUUUGAAGAAGUUCACGGAUCCUCGCUCUCCUUGGUUUCCAGCACGUCGUCAAUUUAUUCUACACCAGAAGAAAAAUGCCAGUCAGAGAUUCGCAAACUGCGGCGAGAGCUGGAUGCCUCCCAGGAAAAGGUUUCAGCCUUGACCACCCAGCUGACAGCAAACGCUCACCUCGUGGCAGCCUUUGAACAGAGUCUUGGGAACAUGACGAUCAGGCUCCAGAGUUUGACCAUGACAGCUGAGCAGAAGGAUUCAGAACUGAACGAGUUAAGAAAAACCAUUGAGUUGCUAAAGAAACAGAACGCAGCUGCCCAGGCUGCCAUUAAUGGAGUUAUUAACACACCGGAGCUCAACUGCAAAGGAAAUGGUACCUCCCAGUCAGCAGACCUUCGCAUCCGCAGACAACACUCCUCCGACAGCGUCUCCAGCAUCAACAGCGCCACCAGCCACUCCAGUGUGGGUAGCAACAUAGAGAGUGAUUCAAAGAAAAAGAAAAGAAAGAACUGGGUCAAUGAGUUACGCAGCUCCUUCAAGCAAGCUUUCGGGAAGAAGAAGUCCCCCAAGUCGGCGUCCUCUCAUUCAGACAUUGAGGAGAUGACAGAUUCUUCUUUGCCCUCAUCGCCAAAGUUACCACACAACGGUUCUUCGGGUUCCACUGCUCUACUGAGGAACUCUCACUCCAACUCUCUAAUUUCAGAGUGCAUGGAUAGUGAAGCCGAGACCGUCAUGCAGCUCCGAAAUGAGCUGAGAGACAAGGAGAUGAAGCUGACAGACAUCCGCCUAGAAGCCCUCAGCUCUGCACACCAGCUCGACCAGCUCCGGGAGGCCAUGAACAGGAUGCAGAGUGAAAUAGAGAAGCUGAAAGCUGAGAAUGACCGGCUGAAGUCGGAGUCUCAAGGCAGUGGCUGCAGCCGGGCACCCUCCCAGGUGUCCCUCUCUGCCUCCCCGAGGCAGUCUAUGGGCCUCUCCCAGCACAGCCUGAACCUCACUGAGUCAACCAGCCUGGACAUGUUGCUGGAUGACACUGGUGAAUGCUCGGCUCGGAAGGAAGGAGGCAGGCAUGUUAAGAUAGUUGUCAGCUUUCAGGAGGAAAUGAAGUGGAAGGAGGAUUCCAGACCACACCUCUUUCUUAUUGGCUGCAUUGGAGUUAGUGGCAAGACGAAGUGGGAUGUGCUCGAUGGGGUGGUUAGACGGCUGUUCAAAGAAUACAUCGUUCACGUCGACCCAGUGAGUCAGCUAGGGCUGAAUUCAGAUAGUGUUCUCGGCUACAGCAUCGGGGAAGUCAAGCGCAGCGACGCUUCCGAGACCCCCGAGCUUCUGCCCUGCGGCUACCUGGUGGGAGAGAACACUACCAUCUCUGUGACUGUCAAAGGGCUCACAGAAAACAGCCUGGACUCGCUGGCGUUCGAGUCCCUGAUCCCCAAGCCCAUCCUGCAGCGCUACGUAUCCCUGCUGAUAGAACACCGGCGGAUCAUUCUCUCUGGCCCCAGUGGCACCGGGAAAACCUACCUGGCCAACCGGCUGUCAGAGUACCUGGUGCUUCGGGAGGGACGGGAGCUGACAGACGGGGUCAUCGCCACCUUCAACGUGGACCACAAGUCCAGCAAGGAAUUGCGUCAGUACCUGUCCAACCUUGCCGACCAGUGCACCAGUGAGAACAACGCUGUGGACAUGCCUCUCGUCAUCAUCCUGGACAACCUGCAUCACGUCAGCUCUCUGGGCGAGAUCUUUAAUGGGCUGCUCAACUGCAAGGACCAUAAAUGCCCUUACAUAAUUGGCACAAUGAACCAGGCUACCUCUUCUACUCCCAACCUGCAGCUUCAUCACAACUUCAGGUGGGUGCUUUGUGCCAACCACACGGAGCCCGUGAAAGGUUUCCUUGGCCGGUUCCUGAGACGGAAGCUCAUGGAAACGGAGAUCAGUGGGCGUGUGCGGAAUGUAGAGCUGGUAAAAAUCAUCGACUGGAUUCCCAAGGUCUGGCAUCACCUCAACCGCUUCCUGGAGGCUCAUAGCUCCUCGGAUGUCACCAUAGGUCCCCGGCUCUUCCUCUCAUGCCCAAUCGACGUGGAUGGCUCCAGGGUGUGGUUCACCGACCUGUGGAACUAUUCAAUUAUCCCCUAUCUCCUGGAAGCCGUCAGAGAAGGACUCCAGCUCUAUGGAAGGCGGGCCCCCUGGGAGGAUCCUGCCAAGUGGGUGAUGGACACCUAUCCUUGGGCAGCCAGCCCACAGCAGCAUGAGUGGCCUCCCCUACUGCAGCUCCGGCCAGAGGAUGUCGGCUUCGACGGCUACUCAAUGCCUCGGGAGGGCUCGACGAGCAAGCAGAUGCCCCCAAGUGAUGCCGAAGGAGACCCGCUGAUGAACAUGCUGAUGAGGCUGCAGGAAGCAGCCAACUACUCCAGCCCCCAGAGCUAUGACAGCGACUCCAACAGCAACAGCCAUCACGACGACAUCCUGGACUCCUCUCUGGAGUCUACUCUGUGACAGGGGCCUGGCCAUGGAGCCUGCCCACCUCUUUUCCUCACCCCACUCCACCUACAUCCUCCGCACCAUCCUGAAGAUGCCCUCCUGAGCCAGCCCCCGGCUGCAGCGUGAGAGCUGCAGGAAUACCAAGACCCCUCGUCCUCCAGCCUUGACCUGGGUGCAGGCAUCCUGGGCCGGCCGCCUUGGGACUGCUUCCUUCCACAAUGAGAACUGCACUAUCUUCGCUUUUAUUUUAAUUAUUGUUUUGCCUUGUUGCUGUGACCUCCCUAAGACACUGAAGAUACUUCUUGGGAAAGGAUCAUCACCGUUGAAAACAAAAAGGGUUUUAAAAAUAAAAAAAACUCUCAAAGCUCUGAAACCAAACGGCAUCCUGCCAUGAGCUGCCCAGAGACAGAAGGGACUGGAGCAAAGUUGGAAAUGCAGCAGCACAGCUUCCCCUCAGCACAGACCCUCCAGCACCCCAGUAGCCACACCAGCCUGCUCUUCCACCCAGCCCGCCACGGAGAACUGGUGCUAACUAGGGCGCUUGCUUUGGUCACACAACAAAUGACAGAGCUACAACGCAGGGAACCUUAGGAAAAACAACUCGUGCUUUCUAUUCUGUUUUGUUUUUCAAAUGGUGCUCUCCUUAUCCGAGAAGUAUUUUGCCUGUUCCAAGUCAACCAACACACCUUGCAGAUACGUCAGCCUCCGACUAAUCCACGAGCGUGAGUGAAAGAGUGAGAAUGUGCCCGAGCCGAUGUGCUGCAAUGCAGAACAGCAUGUGUCUGUUUCCUCCUUAUAUGUAAAUGAUCAGGUUUUUUUUUUUUAUUAUUAUUGUUCUUCCUGCAAACACUGUGUACAGUGAGAAUUGGUCUACUUUGGAGAACUGAUAACCCCUUUGAAAAUGAAGUUGAGUUUCUCCCUUUCUGACUCUUUAAUUUCUGAAGAUUUUUCUCCCUCCCCUCUUGGUUGGAAUCAAUCCUUUGGUGAGAGGAAGAACCGCAGGAGCUGAGUUUUGGUUUGGUCCUGCUGAGCAUCGGUUUUCAGCUGUCCGUCCUCACCGCUGUGCACACCCGCCGCCUCCUGCUGGGGCCGGCUGCGUCCUGUAAAGUCCACCGGGACCCAUCCCCAACAUGCGGGCGAGCUGGAACCUUGCCUUUCCUUCUCGUCCUCAAGGCUUUAGAUCGCACGUCGACACCUCAAGCGUGCCAGCCCCAGCCUCAGGUGGGGUGGUGAGGUCACCUCAUGAAAGACUUUCCUCAGAACCAACGUGACACAAGUCAACACGUCGGGGGGCGGCCGCCCCCUUCCGGAAGCUCCGGCCUCCGUCUGACGAGCCUUGCCUGACCUCUUCGGUGCUGGCCUUCCCGAAGCGAUGCCUUACUGGUUUUGUACCAACCGUGUUCAUUUAUGAGUGUCGUGCCUGCCUGGGGUCCGUUUUUUUUUUGUUUUUUUUUUCCCCCAUCAGAGCAAACAGGGCUAACGUCAUCUACUCAUUAGGAGAACUCAAGUUGCUGUGACUUUUUUCUCAUCCAAAAGACUCAUUUGUGUGGAUGUAUGAGACCAUGGGAAAAAAGAAAAAGGGAAAAAAAAAAUCCAUUUUUUAGGUUCUUAUCAGUCUCCAGCUAAAACCCUGACUGGACUAUGAUCUGUCUUGUGCAGGAAAAGGCAAAAGUCUCUAAAAGUCUACAUGACAUUGUUGAUACAUGCCGUGCUAUUCUGUGUCUUCAACAUACUGAUAUUUUCUUUACAGAGUAUGGUAAAUCUUUGAGUUGUCUGUUUCUGUUUUAUAAAGAGGAUCUUUAUGUGACCCCAGUGGGGGACUAUCUGUUAACGAUCAGGGUUUUUAUUCCAUCUUUACAUUUCUAUUUCUGAAGGUCCAUCUCUAUAUUUUUUCUUAUUACCACAAGAGCUUGACCUGAAACUGCUCACAUUACAUUGGAUGACACCAUUUUCUUCGUCCUUGAAAAAGAAAACGGGAAUUUGUCCCACUAACUGGUGAAUGGAAGACCUCUCAACACCGUCCCUGCUUUGAUCUCAAUAAACUUGGACUCUAUUCUUCUAAGCCUUCAUUAGCCAUCUGGGUGUGUGAGUGUGUCUUGUUCUGUUUUGUUUUUCAUAAAAUUUUUAAACCAUAUAUUUAGCCUGUGACCACGGGCCGAACCCUGAGCCUUCUGGUAGACCUUAGAAUGGUCCUUCUCAACUAUCUCCCAAUGCUGACCUUACACUCGUACUGUGAAUUUGGGAGGAGGUAAAAAUUCUCCUCGUGGGCAGUUUUCCCAGUCACCUUGUGAGUAGACACCUGUCUACAAUAUUGUUCGAAACUUUUUUUUUUUUUUAUGACACCCUUUCUUUCUCUUCUCCCCUCUCCCGCAGACUUCCCUCCCACUGGAUCCAGGCUCAGAACCGAGACCUCUGUCCCUGGUGUUACCCGACUAGUGAACGGUGAUUUCAAGUAGCGUAGUCCUUUAAUGAUUCACAACUCAGUGACCUUCCUAAAGUUUCGGGAAGCAGGGUUGUCUGAUAUGCACAUUUCUUCUCUUGGUCAUAUUUUACUUUAGUGUCUCUCACCUUUAAAAAAGUGACUUUACUCAUUUAGGGCUCUGUCCGAAAUGCUUCCAUUUUGCCUUUUUCUACAGUUAGGCUAAUUUUGAAAUGUAUGAAAUUCUAUGCAACAUUUAUGUUGAGUUACCAAUGGAAGCCAAAAGUUUCCCAAACUGCCAAGAAUUAUACAGGCCAUAAAUGAGACGGGAAUACCUUUUAAUUUAAGGUUGAGGGUGGGGUACAGGGUGGGACAAGAAAAAAGAUUUGCCUAGACUUUUGUUGUAUCUUGGGAACAUUUUUUAUUUUAAUUGUUGAUGCUCUAAAUUUCCAAAUUCUGUAUAUUCAAAUUUGAUCAUGGCGAAUCUUCUUCAAAAAAGUAAUAAUAAUCCGACUUUGUGGAUAUUAAACGGAAGGUUUGCUGUUUGAUCUAGUUGUUACCAGUGGAGCAGUUUAUGAAAUAUGUUCUAUAAGAUGUACAUUUUUUCAUUGUAACAUAGAAAUUGUAAAUAAUUGAUUAAAAGUGCUGCAUUUUGAUGAAUUUUUUCUAGCCAUUUUUAAAGAGAAAACUAGGAAUUGAGUAUUUUGUGUACGGUAUGUUUCCAUCCUCCCUCCCCAUCUUCCUUCCCUCCCUCUCUCCCUAUUUAAUUUUCAUUCGUCAUGAGGUUUUUGGAUUUGCCAAUGAUCUGCUGGAGAUCAUGUCCCACAUCAUAGAGAAUAAAGCUGAUUGUACCAGUCUUAAAUUAUUCAUGAUUCAAUAAAAUUGAUGCUUAUUUAUUCAGA